UGGAAUAUUUGCUGUGAGUGGAAACAUAAAUGUUAAUGAAGAUAUUUGAGAGCAUGUGGGAUUGGCACUCGUUUUUCACCAAAAUCGGCAUACCAGCAGGGGUAUCUUCGCGAUAUGCUGAAGUUUUCCGGCAGAACAGGGUUACGAAGGAUAUGCUCCCGGAUCUCGAUAAAGCAACUCUUUCCGAUUUGGGGGUGACAGCAGUUGGUGAUCAGUUAGCCAUACUACGCAGUGCAAAGGAUGCGUCGUUAGACAUGGGGUCAAUUACACCCUCGAAGCUUCGUGUGCGAAUAAGUGGACCUGGAUCAAAUUCUGAGGGGUCCUCAAGUUCUACCGCAGUGAGCAAUGGAGAGGCUCGCAGAGGUAAACCUCCUCCCGAUCGACAUGAGAUUUACCAUAUCAAAAUGCCCGAGGGUAACACCCAUCGCACUAAGCAGAUCAUGCAGAAUGCAAUUAUGAUGCGCAAACACGGGCUGGCUGUGCGGGGUACUAGUGGUGUCCGCCAAGGUGGCAGAUCGGUGAGCCCGAUUGAUAAAAAGAGUGCGGCUGUAGUCCGGAUGCGCCAGGAGCGAGAAGAAAUGCUGGUGGACGAUCCUAUAAUAUCUCGUCUUGGUGUGCGAGGACUGCAUUCAGAUAUCGGUGAGAAACCUGCCAUCACAAAGUCCCACAAGCAAAGUAUCCGCAAUGCUCGUUGGCCUGAAGUAGGUGAUGACGUUGCUGUGCGAGUUCAGCUUCCCUCUAGGAGUGGCGGAGUGGUGCGAAGGAUUUCCAAGGCGCCAAGAACUGGAGUUUCUACAUCAAUUGUCAACCGCAUUUCGAAGAAUCGUUCGUCCGAACUCCCUCGCGUAACUGUUAAGUUGCGCGGUGCAGCCCCAAGAGAGAAGCUGAUUGUACGUCCUCGCGUGGUGGCUCGGAAACCAUUGCAAGCGAGACUGGGUAAAGUGGCAACAGCAGGACGUUUAGACAGACCUCGCGUUGUACAGAGACCUUUUGUGCGAGCAGACUUAGAUGAAGCUGAUGUUGAUGAUGAAGAGAUGUCGUUGGAUGACGAAGAGUAUUCUACCGAAGAUGCAAUGUGGGAUGAUGGCGAUGACCAGUACGAAGAGGUUGAAUAUGUGGAGGAAGUCCGACCAAGCGUUUAUAAUCGCCUUUCUCAUUGACCAGCCUCGUACUUCAUCUUCGUGUCGAUGGUGGAGGUCUCUUCCUGGAAGGAGUGUUCCGUUCAUUCAUAUGCACCACUAUAACUGCCCUUGUUUUAUUGCAUUGCUCUCUAUGUUGUUUUGUGC